AUGGCAGCUAAUUUAGCCUUAUGCAACAGUGAUGUAGAAGAAGAUUACAUAGACAUGGAAGUAACUUCUUUCACAAGCCUCGUACACAAAACUCUCACCAACAACAACAACCCUAGAGAGUUCGAGUUCCAAAUGUCUCAUCUUGGUCCUCUCCAGAUAGAAAAAACCACUUCUCCUGCAGACGAACUCUUCUACAAAGGCAAGCUUCUCCCACUCCACUUACCUCCACGUCUCCAAAUGGUCCAGAAUCUUCUAGAAGAUUACACCUUUGAAGACGAUUUCUACAGCACACCUUUAACCACUCCGGUGACUAGCAACACACCGUUCGAGUCUUGCACCGUCUCUCCGGCAGAGUCUUGUCAAGUGAGUAAAGAGCUUAACCCUGAAGACUAUUUCCCCGAAUAUUCAGAUUCCGUGGAGGAGAAGAAAUCUUGGGGCAAGAAACUGAAGUUGAUCAAGCAGUUAAGUUUUGGAACGAAGAUUAAAGCUUCAAGAGCUUAUCUAAGAUCCUUCUUUGGAAUAUAG